CGUACGUGCGUGCGUGCGUUGAGUGCCUCGCUUCGGUCUCUUCGCCGGGCGUGCUCUGCUGUGUUCCUCGGCCCUUGCUGGGCCUGUAGCCCCAUCCGUGAUCUCGUAGUUUCGCCGCCGUGCACUUGGUUUUGGGAGCGUACGAACCAGGCCCACAGACGCCCCGUGUCCGAACUCCUGGAUGAGAGCUGUUCCGGAUUGAGAGAGCGAACCUCCGCAAUACACCGUGCCGCGGUUACGUGUCACCGGGUGACGGGCGGAACGCUUGGUGGCGGAGACGGAGAGAGGCGCGCCCCAUCGCGCGUCGGCUUGUGUGUGUGUGUGCGCGUGUGUGUAACGAGCGACCCGGCGGCGAGACGUCCCAGCCCGGCUGUCUGCUUUGGCGCGUUAAGCCUAAGGCAGGGUUGGGUGGCCCCGGGCUGGCAACUGUCAAGUUGCUGGGAUCUGGAAGAUGGAUUUAGAAUUCUACGCUGACUUCAACGCCGUGGGUCACUACUCAGCCCAGACUUGUCUCAAAAACAUGUCGGCGAGAAAGAACAAAGUGCCUAAACAAAUCAAGUUCCAGCUGGACCUUCCCACUCGAGGCGACCUGAUGGGUGGCGAACCCGGCGGUGGAACCCUGAUCGCGCCCGAGAACAUUAAGCGCGAGCUGCCCGACGACCUCCCACCGUCGUCGGGCCCACGCUCCCUGGGAUCCAUGCAGAAGGUCCCCUCGCUCUCCGACCUCUCCGAAGAGAGCUCUCUCGAACUUCCAACGCAAGUGCCUCCUCUUACUCCUGGGACCAACCAAAAGAUGACGCAAGCCUUAACUGCUAGUUUCAGCAGUUGGGAGAAGGAGCGAGAGACGCUCAAUAUCCUCAAAGACCCGCGGCAGUGGACGGAGAUGGACGUGGGGAACUGGCUGAACUGGGCGAUCCGAGAGUUCAGCCUAGAAGGUGUCAACAUGCCCACUUUUGCCAUGAAGGGCAAGGACAUGUGCGCGCUCGGGAAGGAUGCCUUCCUCACCAGGUUUCCGCCAUUCAUGGGCGACAUCCUCUGGGAGCACCUGGACAUUCUUCAAAAAGACGUGGAGAAGGAGUGCGCAUCGCUGGAGAACGUCCCGUCCAACCUGUACGAGUCUGUGUGCGUCCCUGGUCUGGACGAGUUCUUCCAGCAAGGAGGAAGCUUUCCGAUGCCGGAGCAAAAAGUCACGCCUGUCAUGAAUGGAGCCGCAGCGCCCACGUCGCAAGCCUACAUCGACGGAGGCUACAACCACAUAAGCGAGAGCCUUCAUACGUUGAACGACAUGAACCAGGAGGAGAUGGCGCUCGGUGGCCACAACUCCUAUGACGAGUCCCAGGAGUACGGGCUCGAAACGCCGCAGUCGCACCCACCCUACUUGGACUCGAGUCCGGAGUUCUACCCUUCCACGUCCGCCGUCGUGCACGAAUCAAAGUUCCAGCCCGCAUACGCGACCAGCAAGGAGUUCUCGAGGCCGAGGUAUUCUCACCACGACAUGGGCCUCCCCGAGCGCUACCCGGGCGCGCAUCACUACGAGCCACCCUAGACGGUGCCCACGGCGGUCCAAAGCGCUGCCGACCACUGGGCAGCGGCCGCCGCGGCCCACCAGAAUGGCGUGGCAGCUGCAGCCGCGGCCGCAGCCGCAGCCAACGGCGGCGUGCCACCGUCACACCACCACCACCACCCGUCGUCAUUUGGACCUUUGCACGCGCUUCGCGGCGACGGUCCUCUGGCCCACCUGAGCCCUGGUGCGUUGCAGCGAUCGCACCUCGGCGCCGGCGGCGACAGCAAGCCUGUCAUCCAAGCGGCCGUUUUAGCAGGUUAUUCUGGAAGUGGACCAAUCCAGCUUUGGCAGUUCCUACUUGAGCUUCUCACUGACAAGUCCUGCCAGGGGUUCAUCAGCUGGACGGGCGAUGGCUGGGAGUUCAAGUUGACUGACCCGGAUGAAGUGGCCCGGCGUUGGGGCGUCAGAAAAAACAAGCCCAAAAUGAACUAUGAGAAGCUCAGCCGAGGCCUGCGCUACUACUAUGACAAAAACAUCAUCCACAAGACUGCCGGAAAGCGCUAUGUGUAUCGCUUCGUGUGCGAUCUGCAGACGUUGUUGGGCUACACGCCUGAAGAACUGCACGCUAUGGUCGAGCUGAAGCCAGAGAAAAAGAUGAAGACUAAGCCAAUCAGCUUUCACGCUGGAUUUUGUUUGUUUUAGUGACUUUCACGUAAUCUGAGUUCAUCAUCAGAGGUGUUGGUGAUGCAAGUUCAACAGCCUAGACUCACUGGACAGAUUCCUGCUCAACCAGUGUGCGUGUGUGUCGUGUACUGACGUGUGCUAUGAGACAAGAGACUCUUCAUGAAAGCACAAACAUUUUAGUGAUGCAAAAGUGUUUUAAGGAGCCUUUUCUUAGACAUAUUGAAGCAUAAAAAUCGCUGGCGGUUGUCGUAUCCCGCCGCCUGCAAUAUCGAGGUUACCUUUGUCUCAUGUGGAGUUGAAGCCUUAGCGUUGCUCAAGCAAUUCAUACUUCCAUCAAACCUUCCUUCUGCCCAUUUGAGGCAGGCAGAAGGCACUUGCCGGCUGUCAACUUCAGUAAGUCUUGUAUUUUUGUUUAUAUGUGUUAAAUGUUGACCCUAUUGCUGAAAUGUUAAACUUUUUCAAGGAAAUUGUCUUAGCACUUCACAUUUCAUCAAUGCAUCACAGGGGUGUACUAUGCAAUGAAUGCUGUUGAGUGAAAUUACAGUGACUUCCUGCGAUCAACGCACCCAGAGGGAGAGAUAUUCCCAAUGUUCUGCGAAGUCAAAUCUUUACGACAUAUACUGUUCUUCAAUUGUAUACCUUUAUUUGCUUAAAGUGCUUCGUGUCGUGUAUGCGCAAUACUUCUGGCUAUAGUUCCCUACCCAGAUGAGAAAAUUUUGUGCAUAUAUGUGGCUUUAAAUAAUUCAGAGUGAGGUGUAUAAAGGGUGGGCUGCACUUUGGGAAGUCGAAGUUCUUUCUGGCAUUAAGCUGUUUCUUUUAUUUAGCAUGGCAGUUUAUUAAAGUGAAAAACUGAAUCUGGCAACAUUCCUGAUUCGCUGUGGCAGCUGUCAUCCCAGAACCCAUAGCCUAUACAGUGAAUGACAUUAUUUUGUUAACUGGAAUGACCUUUAGAUUAGAUUUCCUUGCAAAUGGUUAGCUGAAAACAGCCAAGAGUUCAGUACAAGACGUUACAGCAGUCACUUUCUUCAAUAAGCCAUCAUUUUUAUUUCCUCAGUGUCUCUCUGGUAAAUGUGACAUCAUGCACGUGAUUCUUUCAUGUGUGAAGGACAUAAAGGAAAGCUUAUUAUGUUUAUUGUAAGCAAGAACUACUAGUAAAGCUCAACAUUGCCAAGUACCUUUUUCAUCUUUUAUCUUUGUUUUAUUGUGUGUUAGUCACACAAUUGUUAUUAUAGUCAUAAACAAGAAGUGCUUUUUUUUCUUUUUUUUUCUUGUUGAAGCAUACCAAGCAAGAAGAUACAGCAAAAAGCCAAAGUAUUUCACUGUCUCAUCUGUUUGCUCUUGGGAGUUGUCUGUUUUGUUGCACAUGACAUUAGCAUUUUGUCAUUUGUUUUCUUGUGCUUAUAACCCUGAAUACCUGCCUGUUGGUGACAGCAGUUGCCUCUUACAUUGUCAUGCCGCACGUCAUGUUGCAACUUGGUUAAACUUGUAAAUAAAUACAUGUAUAUUAUAAGCAUCAAAUUUUUACUUCAUCAAUGUAUUUUAUUAGCAGCAUAGCUUGAUACGUUUUGCGGCAUUUAUAAGACGUGAGGAAUAAAUAUACAUAAGAUGACUUUAGGACAGAAAAUAUAUAAGAAUUGUGCAUUUUUCUGAGUGCAGAUGAACUGCGCAGAGAAAUAGUGGAUGUGCAUUUGCUAUUGACGAUGAUUCCGUGUUGUUCAUGUGAUGUGAACGACUCCCCUAUGACUGUAUCUUACAGUGAAUGACGAGCAUCUACAAUGUUUUUUUUUUUACUUUAUAAAUGGUGUUUCCAUAUAUAACACAUGUUGAAACCAAUUAUUUCUCCCCUGCAGUAAUUUAUACUUGAUUCAAACAACGUAGAUGCUUCUCUUCAAAGCGCAGUGUACGAAAAGUAUUAAGAAUGUAUGCCGCCAGUAUUUUGUCAUACACAAAUGUUGUGGAAGCCGUGCCUUAAUUUGUUUGUCUUCCAAAGAAGAUUUACAUAUAUUUAUACAAAGCAAAAUUUUUUAUAUGUUUGUGCCGCACAUUCCAUGUUGGAAGUGCAGUGCAUGAACGGGCAUGUUUCACCUUUCUACUUCAUGCCUUUUUUUCUUUCAUGCUGACGCAUCUUUCAUGCGUUACCCAUUUAAUACUGUGCGCAAGCCUUUGUAAAUUAUUUCCAGAGGUCUCUAUGCUCUCGUCUUGGCAUGAAGAGAUGAUCUUCAUUUCUAUUUCUUUCUUUACUCCUCCUUUCGUCUUGUCAUUUUUUUUUUGUUUGAAAAACGUCUGAAGUGCAAGAUCUCAAUAAAGAAGAAAGCAUUACAAACUGCCCCACAGGAAAAUCACUUCGCUGGGGACAUUGUGACAUCUUGUGAUCUGCUAUCUUCACCUACAUUUUUUUGCAGACUUGUUUGUAACGUGAUUCAUUGUUCUCUCGUUUGCUUUAUUUCGAAUGCAAUGUGCAACUUCUGUGGUCUACAGGAAAUAAAAUGCACAGAUGAUUUUGGAA